AUGUCACCAAAGCCAAUUGUUCUAAGAUUAGGAAAAUUCCUUUUUGCUAAAGAAGCCUGGGAAAGAUUAGGUUCUAAGGCUGAAAUAAUCACUGUUCCAGAUUCAACCACUAGGGAAACAUUCUUGGCUGGUUUAAAAGAUCCCAACUCUCCAUUGAGCAAAGUUCAAUUCAUUACCAGAACUUUUGCAUCAGUCAAACAAACUGGUAGGUUUGAUAAGGAAUUAUGUGAAGCAUUACCCUCAACCUGUAAAGGGAUUCAACAUAUGGGUGCCGGAUAUGACCAAAUCGAUGUUAAAUGGUUUUUAGAAAGGGGCAUUCAGGUUGGACAUGUUCCUCAUGCUGUUAAUGAAGCCACUGCUGAUGAUCACGUUUUCCUUUUAUUAGGUGCUUUAAGAAACUUUUCCAUUGGUAAUAGGUUACUAUUAGAGGGUAAAUGGGCUGAUGCAAAAGGAAAUGCUACCGCCCCUGCAGCUGGUACACCAAUUGGUCAUGAUCCACAAGGUAAAAUCGUCGGUGUUUUAGGUUUGGGUGGGAUUGGUAGAACCAUUGUUGAUAGAUUAAAACCAUUUGGUUUUGCCAAAUUCAUUUACCAUAAUAGACAUAAAUUAAGCUCAGAUUUAGAAAAUGGCUGUGAAUAUGUUACCUUUGACGAAUUGUUGGCUCAGAGUGAUGUAAUCAGUGUCAAUAUUCCAUUAAAUGCAGGCACCAGACACAUUUUGAAUAAAGAGGCUUUUGGUAAAAUGAAAGACGGUGUUGUUAUUGUUAAUACUGCCAGAGGGGCUGUUAUUGAUGAAGCCGCUUUAAUUGAUGCUUUGAAAUCCGGUAAAGUUAGAAGUGCUGGUCUAGAUGUUUUUGAACACGAACCCACUGUUCCAAAAGAACUAUUGGAAAUGCCACAAGUUUUAGGUUUACCUCAUAUGGGUACACAUACCGUAGAAACUAUAUUAAGAAUGGAAAAUAUUGUUGUGGAAAACGUUGAAAAUUACUUUGAAACUGGCAAAAUCAAAAACAUUGUACCAGAAAUGCAAGGUAAAUUUUAG